UAUUCAUGUUUGAUCAUUCGAUGAAACAAGGUAAAUAAACAUUAUGAUCCUGUAAAAGUAUUUAUAUAUUUAAAAGAUAAAAAAGUAACUGGAUACGCCAAUGUGUAGAUCGACAGGUUGCCGUUCCACAUUCUUCUUUGUACUCGCCGUGGUAGGAUCUUCAAUGAGCUGAUGGCCUUGACCAACUACUAUAGCGACGUGCAUUUCCGGAAAUGCUCUGAUCUCGCUUCUCGAGAUCUUUCUUUCGCAUUAGAGGUCACCUAACUGCUAGAAAAUAUUGGUUCAAUAGCAAUCUAUAGAAGUACAGUGGUACGUCCUGUUUGGACGUGACUAAUUUUUUCUGCGAAUUUUGCAUCAUUAUUAAAUAAUUAUCUCGGAAGAAAAAUUAAAUUAAUAAUCAAUUAUAUUCGGAGUUGAUGUAUUAUUAACUGACUGAUCAUACAAGUAAGGAUAUCAUAUAAUAAAAUAUGGGGAAGGUUGGUUUGAUAUAAGUCCAAACAUCAGGAACGUAUUAAGGUCGUAUACCGCGGUACCACUGUAUCUAAAUCACAGAAUCCAGACAAAAUAAAAAAUUCAUUGUAAAAUUUAUAAGCAAUUUUAUGAUCGUAUUAACAUUUGGUAAAUUAAAGAUACUAGAAUAUUAUACUUUUUUAAGUAUGUACAAAUUUUGGUCGAUUAGUUUUCCUUUUUUAUUAACCAUGUGCGUUCUCUCAUCCGUGUGAUAGAACAAAACCCGUUCAGGGAUUACGUUAUAUCUGGAAAGUGACGAUUAUGUUGGAAUGUCGCGACAGUUACAGUGAUCAGCGUUCGCUCGAAGAAAAGGAUAAAGGUUGUUGGUAUCCUUGUCUGUUGCGAUUCGUUUCCCGCUAUCUUCGCUUCUAUCUCGAGUAUACGGCGCGUGCGCAACAAUUUGCGGCGCGCCACAAUGUAAAUACUUUUUUCUCUUUUAUUACUUUCAAAUCUCUUUUUCUUCCAGUUUGCUCUAAUUCCUAGAAAUAUAAAGAGAAUAAAUAUCCUACCACUUUUUGGUGUAUCAAGAAAAAGAACCUCGAAACUGUAAUAAAGGAUAUGUAAUUUAACCCUAUAUUGCAUUCCGUUCCCAAUUGGGAACUUAAAUUUCAAACGUUCUAUAGCAAAUUAAGUAGAUAAUACUGAAGACUCUGACAAUGAGUUGGUUCCAAGUGGGAACAAUUUUAUUACUAAUUAUUUCAUGAUCACGCUCAUUUUUAAGUAAACUAACAUCCAUAUAUAUUUUUUUCAACUCGUCAUAAAAAUUCAUCCAAUAAAAGGUUAAGUUCAUUUUGUAAGUAUACCAUCUGAAAUGAAACUUGCGAUGUUUUGGUCGUAAUUUUAAAUCUAAAUAUAUUUUACAAGUAGUUAAGCAUGUAUUUCGAAUAGAACGACGAGGAUAAAAGGUGUGCCGAGACAAGGUAGAUACAACGAGGCUCGUGCGUACCUUCGAUGAUGAUGAGUAUGGGGCCGAAGGCAGGUGGCUCCUUAUACCAUAGCGCGGGUUCAAUGUGUUCAGUUUUGCUAUGACCGUCGACUGGUCACGAGACAUCUCUGAAUCAGUGCUCCCGUCCUUAAAUUCUGUAUAUUUAUUUCCAAGAAGAAAAAAAUACCACGAUGGACUUGCGUACAUUUAUUAUGAUACUUUUAUGCGUUUCCUGUUACGCGAAUGAAUACCAAACGAAGCUAUCAAAAGCAAACUAUAGCGAUCCGUCCACAGAAUCGAACGAACCUCCAGAAGGAUAUUACGCUUUUGUCAAGUCACCGAACGCAGAACCGCCUAAAGUUAGGCCACCACCUUAUAUAGACAGUGACAAAGAGUGUUACGAUACUGGUAAGCAAGGAAAGGGUUACGUAUCUGUGCACAAUAUCUGUGGGGAUCUGAACAAGGGUUACAUUCCUAGAAACCCUAUGAAUCAGUAUUUCAACGGUUCGUCGUAUCCUUUUGCUCUGUUGAAAAAUCACACGUUGAAAUUUUUGAGCAAAGCUUUGCCCAUACUUAAAGCUGACGACUCGUUGCCCAAAGUCGCCACCAUUCAAUCUUAUUCUCAGAAUUCCGUGGACACCGAUGAAAAACGGAGCAGAAGUAAACGGUCAUCCGACUCGGACAGCGAUCAGGACACCAUUCGAAAUGGUCGCAAGUUUUGCGAGAACGGCGGAGGAGUGGUCUGCAUGCUCUACAAAGCCAUACAGGGAGAACCAUUGGCUCCAUCAGCGGCUGAACGUCGGGACGAACCGUCUACUCCUGAAUAUCGUCAACGAACACCACCUCAGGAAAAACCAGAGUACACUGGUCCACCGACUCCUUGCCCGGCCAAAGUAGAAUACGCGACGCCCGUUUUCGCCAAGAACUAUCAAGGAGUUUGGCGCUACGUGGUCCAGAUACCUUACGAGGGUUAUUUCACGCAAACUAUCGAAGUUACCAGAUGCAUGCAAUCGAGGUGUCAUUACCUAGACGGUGGCUGCCUGUCGUCACCAAGAUGGACAAGCCUACUCGUCGCAGAGAUUUUCUAUCCAGAUACAUUCCUGGAAGAAAAUCAAGGCUCACGGAUCAGUGGUCCGAGGAAUGGCGCUGAUUCACCACCACCUGUUCAUGAUUUCCAAAACUAUCAACAGUAUUUGCAGAAGCGUGCCGGUGAAAACGAAGCUCGCAACAGUGGCUCGCAGCAUCAUUGCGACGGUGUUGAUGAAAUGGGAUGCUUCCAGGUAAGACUGUAUUACGAUUGGUUCCUGGUGCCGGGUAGUUGCAAGUGUUGGCGUCCAGACUACUUCAGUCGCUAUGUCCGUCGAAGUGGAAACAACGUUGAAUUGUGAUCAAUGCAUUGGUGUAUCAUAUGUAAGAAUGGACUCGUGAUACGCUUGAAUAUUUUCAGAUCGAAGAUCUUUUAGCUAAUAUUUCCACGCGAUCGUAUCGAUUAUCUUUCUGAUAAUCAGACGUAAAAAGGUUCGUUAACUUCAAAACAGAACGAUUUUCUGAUACGAUUCAGAGAUCCUCAGCUUUAAUAUAUGAUACUUGACUGUAUUGGAUCUGCAACAUUGUGCAUCUUAAGACUGAAGAACCGUUGUCAUGGACGCAAAUGGACGCGUGUUAUUACUAAGUAUUCUUUUUCAUUUUAAUUCAUAUUUCCUACGGCAGUUUUGUACAGUUGAUAAUUCGACGGAUUUUUAUUAUAAAGUAUAAGUAUUUAUAUCGUAUUUUAAAAACAAGAAUCAUAUUCGCUAAACCAUUUAUUUUUUAAAUAACAUGUCUAUUAAUUUAAUGUCUUACACCCGUUUAAAAUUCGUCUUCUCAGGGGCUAAGUGACAACUUUAAAAACCAACCAACGAAACGUGUUCUAUUACUUUUUUAUGCUAGCGUGAACUUAGUCACCUUGUAUGGAGCCAGGUGUGUGUAAAAUUAUACUUUCCCUUUCUUUUUUAAGGCGCUGAAAACGCGUUAUAAUAACAAAAUAGAAACGUUUGUUAUAGCGACAAUUAUUCGUACGUCUAAUUUGUUAUUUUUGCUCUUUGAGUUUCAUGCCACAUUUGAUAACUGCGCACGAAAUGUCGGCAUUAUUAUACAAACAGAUCACGGUACAAUUAAGAAAGCAAGUUUGAACAAUGUCGUUUACGGUUCCAAGGUACAGGAGAUUCGUAAGCAACGGUGGUCGUUACAACAUUACACACAUAUGUAGGUAUUGCACAGUUGGAUCAAUACUCCGGCCAUUGAAAGACAAGGCAAGAGGUAGCAGUGGCAGGAGCAACGCGACAGAGAAAGAACCGCAUGGUGUCUGUCGACCAUGCUCGCAUGGUUAUCGACCGAUUCCACUUGUUAUGGGACUGUGGAAUCGAAAUAGAGCAAUUAAAGAAAAAUAACGAUUCGUAUCUGCUUUACCAUUCAAACCAGAUAGUUAUUAAGUAUAUAGGCUUAGAGUUAGUCUAAAAAGUGAUAUGAUUUCUCCCCACCCUUAUUCAUCUUCUCUUUUCGCGGUAUCUAUUUAGGUUGAUAUAUUUAAGCGACUUCUGUUACUAGAAUGCUUUUAUUUAGUCCGAGUAUGAAUAAUUAUAAUCACUAUCCGGUUAAUAGUGUUUUGUAGAUUACAAUUUAAAUUCGCGACAUUCAAAAAGUCGAUACCCAAACGCGAUUUAUCGAACGAUCAACGGUGGUUGUAGAUGUUUCGA